GGUUCUUGACAUGGGUUUUGGUGAAGUGGGUAAUGAGCCCAUUGAUAAUGUUCAUUUCUACAGCAAGAAUGACCUGCAGACAGCCUUCAAGAUGGAGAAGUACCAGGUGUCCAGUCUCAAGCCAGAGAAGUUUCACGAAUUUCUUUUGAGGGUCUAUUAUGAUCCAGAGAAUCAGGAGUAUCACGGGGAGGUCCAGCAGAAAGCUGAAGAGUGCUUUCAUGAGUGGUGCAGAGAUGAAAAAAACAAAUUCAUUGAUUUUGGGACUGAUUCAGGUGAAGAAGAUGAUUUUGAAGAAGAAGGGGAGGGGAACGAUGAAGCUUCUUCAAGCAAGAUCUUCAACGACCCCAUUUAUGGUCAAAUUGAGUUGCCACAUCUGUUGGUGAAGAUCAUUGACACUCCUGAGUUUCAGAGACUCCGUCACAUCAAACAACUGGGAGGAACAUAUCUGGUGUAUCCGGGCGCCACUCACACUCGCUUCGAACACUCACUUGGUGCGGCAUAUUUAGCAGGACGUCUGGCCGAAGUUCUGCAAGAGAAACAACAGAAGGAGUUUGAAAAGAAAGAGAAGGAGCUAAUUAAUAAGAAAGACAUCCUGUGUGUCCAAAUUGCAGCUCUGUGCUACAAUUUAGGUCAUGGGCCAUUCUCUUAUGUGUGUAAGGACAAGUUCUUUCCUAAAGCCCUAGAAUUAAAUCGUGGUGAUCAGUGGAAGCAUGAGAAGGCCUCAGUUUUGCUGUUUCUGGACAUAGUAAAGAACAAUGAAGAACUGAAAAAUGAGCUGAAGGAAGAUGAUGUCAUCUUUAUUGGGGAGCUGAUAAAGGGAGUUGACACUUCACCUGGAAAACUUUGGACAGCAGAAGGCAGGACUGUGGAAAAGUCUUUCCUGUAUGAGAUUGUGGUAAAUCAAUGGAAUGGCAUAGAUGUGCGCAAAUGGGACUAUUUUGCACGAGACUGCCAUUAUCUCGGGAUCUCAAACAGCUUUGACCAUCAGCGCAUGCUGAAAUCUGCACGAGUGUGUGAAGUGAAAAGGAGAGAUGAAGAGAAUGGGAGAAAUCACAUCUGCUUCAGAGACAAGGUGGCUGACAGUGUUUAUGACAUGUUUCACACCAGAUAUACUCUGUAUCUUCAGGCCUACCAGCACAAGAUAGUCAACAUCAUCGAAGAGAAAAUCUCAGAAGCCCUAUCAGCAGCGAAAGACAAGUCCACAAAGCUCUCACAAGCUGUUGAAUCCAUAAGUGUGAUUAAGACACGUAAAGACACCAAAGAAGUUGAUGAGACCACAAGAACAAACAUGUUGGAAAAGUUCACCAAACUGACCGAUCACAUCUUUGAGGAGAUCUUGUACUCCACUGAUGACGAGCUGAAAGAUGCCCGGACGAAACUUCAGGAUGUUGUGAAGAGAUGCCUGCCAAAGUGUGUGGGAGAGACCAGAAUAUCACAAAAUAUGCUCAAAGACAAACUGCUCUUGCAGAAUGACUGGAAUGAAGCAGUGGACAAAUGGAACAAACUUCACCCAACUGUGUUCUUGGAUAAGAAUGAUUUCAGCGUUGAUGCAAUUCAACUGGAUUAUAAUCAGAAGGGCAAAAACCCCAUUGACAAUGUCUACUUCUACAGCAAGAGGAACCCCAGCAAAGCCUUCCCGAUUAAGAAAUAUCAGGUAUCCAGUCUACUGCCGGGGGAGUUUACUGAAUAUGUUGGUCGGGUUUACUACACAAAAAACUCUGACGAGGAGGAGAAGGAUGCUAAGACGUGCUUUGAUUGGUGGUGCUGUGGCAUGUGUGAAAUCGAACUUGAGUUUAAAGGCACCAAGCGUGUGAUCACAGGAGACUGUCCCUCAUUAGACGACUGCGGUAUAACAGAGGUCCGCUCCUGUAAUGUAAUCCGAGGCGUCUGGGAGCUCUGUAAAGGGUGUAAAUACACUGACCCUUAUGUCCAGCUGAAUCAGGGGGAGUGUCUCACAUGGGGUGCUGACAACUGUACCACUCCUGUUCUGUCUAUUAAACAUGUGACAUCAUUUAAUAUCCGCCUUUACAAAGAGAAUAAUUUUGAAGGCCCAGUCUGUGUGACAACAGUUGAAUGUCCUUCCGUAGAGAAACAGUUUGAUAUAAAAGAGAUCCGCUCCUGUAAGGUGGACAGUGGUGUCUGGAAGCUCUAUAAUGAUCCCGACUACAGUGGAGAACAUUACCUACUGAAGGAGGGAGAGUAUCGCAGUCUUAGGGCUCCUGCUCAGUCUCUUGAAUGUGUGCCAUUUAAGAUCCUCCUCUAUGAAAAUGUGAACUUUGAAGGGCCAGUCUUUGAGACAACAGUUGACUGCCGUUCACUGCAUGGCUGUGGUAUAAAUGAGGUUCGCUCCUGUAAGGUGCUAAGUGGUGUCUGGGAGGUCUAUGCGGGUUCUGACUAUGCUGAACCCCGUUGGCAACUGCAGGUGGGGGAGUAUCCCAAUCCUGAGGCAUGGAGCGCCAGUGACCGCACUGCUCCUUCUCACUCUGUUAAACGUGUGACAGAAUAAAAUCUGACCUCUAACUCCAUCCAUCUGUUGCCCUCGUUUAAUCGUUAAAGUAGGGGUGUCUAUUCAAAGCAUUACUUUAAUAGUCUAUUUAGUGAUUUGCACUGCUUUAACAAUCAUGUUAUUACUUUUACGUUUUAAUUUGAAUGGUUUUCACUUUAAAUGUUAAUAUAUGCGCUGAAUUGGGAAUAAUUUGAUUAAUUAAUUUGCAUAUCAUGCAGUUAAUUUGAUUAAGCAGGUGCUUUUAUCCAAAGACACUAGCAAAUGAGUAACAUCAGGAUUAAAUGAUUACAUCUGAUUGACAGCUACUGAAGACACAUGUGGCCAAGUGCUCAUUCUGUGAAUACAUCUUGUGGCAGAUGCUGCUGAUAAAAAAAUCAGUGAUGAAAGUUGAUUUUAUUUCAUUACAAAUACAGUAGACAUAUAUUUGGGCCUAAUAGCUGAUUUAUGUUAGUGUUUGAGAAACUAUUUAUAUGCUUGUUAUUAUUAUUAAUUAUUAAUAUUAAUUUUGUGGUUUUGGAUGUUGGGUAAUUAUAGGCACUAGUUAACAGCAGGUGAUGGUGAAGGGUUGUGUACUAGGACAGGUUUGUUUGGGUAAAUAUAGGUAACUGAUGGAUCUUUUUUUGUAAUUUCUUUGGUUGUGUGUGUAGGGCAGACAUCUGGUUACAGGUCUUGUGAGAUAUUUUGGG